CGAGCUGGAGGCGGCGCUGCGUCAGCAGCGUGCGGAGCAGGGGCGCGCCGAGCAGCGGCGGGAGCAGGACCUGCGCGCCGCCAGCAAGAAGAUCCGCGCCGACCAGGAGCGAGAGCUGAAGACGUUCCGCGAGUCGCUGCGUGAGGAGGCGCGACGGCUGAAGCAGGACGCCGGCAUGAUGCUGCGUGACGUUAGGAAGGAGUCGCUCCGCGCCGGCAAGAACAAGAUGGAAUCCGAUCACAAGGAGAGGGAGCGUGUCUUCGUGGAGCGGCUGGACGAGCGGCACCAGCUGGCGCUGGAGGCGCUCUCCGAGCAGCACCAAGAGAAGCUGGCCAACAUGAUCAGCCAGUUUCGAAAAAAGAGGCACCAGCUGAUACGGGACAAGGAGUCGGCGAAGGACAAGCUGGAGGAGCGCCACAUCCAGGAGCGUCACCAGUUGAAGAAGCAGCAGAUCAAGGAGGCCUUCUACCUGCAGCGGCAGCAGAUGCUGGCGCGCCACGCCAGGGAGGUGGACCAUUUGCGACGGGCGGGCCUGCGCCGGUCCGACCUGCUGGCGCGCCAACAGCAGAGCGAGCGGCGCGCGCUGCCCAAGCGGAUCCGCGCCGAGCGCAAGGCGCGCGAGCUCAUGUUCCGCGAGAGCCUGCGCAUCGGCCAGCCGCUGCCAGGCCGCCUGAGCACGGCCGACGGCGACAAGAAGGAACAGCUGAGCAACUUCCACGAACAGGAGGGCAAGCGGUACAAAGGUGAGGAGCACCGACUUGAACUGAAGCACAAGCGGAAGAUGGAGGAACUGAAGGCUUUGAACGAGUCCGCCGUGAAGGAGCUGGAGCAACUGCACAACGAAAAGUGUCGGACGAUGCUGGAUCACGAGGAUGCCAAGCUGCGCUCUGUCGAGGAGCAGUACUUGGCCGAGGUGCAGGAGUGGCGCCAGACCCUGGAGCCGCGCCGCCUGAAGCUGGAGGAGGAGCUGGCUGCCGACCAGGAGUAUCAGCCGGAGUCGUCGCCGGCCGCCGCCAGGGACGGCUUCGUCAGCAAGGUGACGCUCAGUAACGGCCGCAGCAGCCUGGGCCGGGCCAGCACGGUCAGCGGCCACUCCCAAUGACGCCGACCGCGCGCCUAGAGCUGACCUGGGCUCGACCGUGGCAGCCUCCGGGCGCAGGGACGCUCCAGGAACAGUGCUCAAGUUGGGGAGAUAUUCCCCAGUAGAGGGACCCCCCCCCCCCCCCGCUCCCCCAUUUGGGACACAACCCUGUGUGGAGUAGGGAGGAACGACAGCCGUCAGCGUCUGCGAGUGACGUGUUGGCGGUAGAGGCCGUCGUGCCCGGCGGGGCCGCGGCCUGGACCACCCGGGUGUGGGCGGUGCGUCUAGUCGGACGUCACCGGCGGACGGUGUGCCAAACGAAGCGACGAAGCGAGUCUAGUCUGCGCGUGCGGGUCAGAGCCGUGGACCGGGCGCUCGGCGGCUGGUGAUGGUGUUGGUGUGAGCUUCGGCGACGAACGGUGGCUGUGUCAGCUGCUCGUGAUUCAUUGGUGGCGUCCUCCUCCGCUUACGGUGCUGUUGUAGGCAAUCAAGAAUGGCGUUAUAUGGCGUGUCUAGUGCUUGUCGCACUGAUAUAUUAUUACAUAUAUACGUAUAUAAGUAAAUGUCCGCCGCCAAGGCUAAUUUUCAUCAUGAUGAUGCAUUGAUGACGCUUCAUUGAUGCGACUAAUUUUAGCGUUUGUGAUGACCGCGCUACCGCUGCCAUGCUUCCUGUGAUGACGUCCCCGUAGUUUAUAGAGCAGCCGACUGUAUAGUUUGUUGCGCGCGGCUUCUGCCGCCGUCCGUACCGGCGAGAGGGUGUCGAGAUGGUGACUGCCUGAUCGCGGCCGUUCGCGCUCACCCAUCGCCCGUCACGUCCGCUUCGCGGCCCGCUAACGGCGACGGUUCACCGCGUGUCUUCCUGCCGAGCGGUUUGUGGGCGGCGAGGUCGUUUCAUAAUACAGACGGGCGCUUGUACGUGCCGAAGAUGUGAUGGUUCUAAUGUACUAGAUGUACUAGAUCUAGAUGUACUAAGUUCCAUAUUUUGUAAAUUGAAAUUUUCACUCCCGGCCGGCCUUUUUGCGAUGGGAUUUUUCACUUCCACCCUAGUUCAAAAGCAAUUUCAGCUCACUGCGAAG